CGAUAUCAUCAAUGAAGGGGGCACCCAAAUCAAAGGUCUUUUUGGAAAAGUGGCUGGAUACUUUCAAGAGUUUGAAUGCUUUAGUUCCGUUUCGACUUGAAGACGUAAAUGGAAAAGGAAAGACUCCAAGGCAAGUCCAUAAUGAACAGUACCAAGCCCUGGUGAAAGGAAUGUCUUCAAAAGGAGGAUACGAAUCACAAUUGUUAGAUGAACUUGCUAAGGCCCUGAUCUACGCAGCUGAAGCUUAUCACACCCGAGGCGCCAUACGACAUGUGGUGGGGGGCACACAAAUGAAGGUGAUUGAUAUAUCGAAAUCGCUUUCACUCAUGGACCUGUGGGUGUCCAUGAUCGAAAACUGGGGAGAGUCAAACAAGGAGUUCAGCCAUUGCCUCACGGCUCCUCUGGAGGUGUGCUUCCUUAAGAUGAGUAAGUACCUGUGGAGGACGUUCAACGCCAUGAAUUUAAUCCGCCCAAAAAUAAAACAGAAUCUCAGACCAGGUUUGGUGCACUUUGGAGGGGCUUAUUCCGAUCCUGAAUACGCGAUGAAAAUGUGGCUUGACUAUAAAAGGCAAGGAAAGACUGCCAUUCCCAAGCAACAGAACCAUGUUAUGCAGUUUCUGCGACAAUUCAAAUGCGACGAAGCUCAAAUCGGUCAGCCGAUUUCGUCGACUUGCAUGGAGAAGAUGAAUAANAGUAGAGAGAGUGGGAAUUUGACAGCAGUGUCUCAUCAUAAUGAGGUGUUUUACAAAUUCAAGUCAAAGAUACCGAAUGGUUUUACUUGUGUCUUAAAAAUACAAUGUAAGGGCCUGCAAAUUUCAGUGUCCUUUAGUAAUUACUUUUUUGCUAUUCAAAAUGUGGUCCCUUUUGUUACUAAAUAG